UGAUUCGCUGGCUGCAGGAAGCAGAAUGAACUAGCUAGCUAGCGUCCCUUCUACUACACCACCAGGCUGCGAUUAUUAACAUUUAAAGGCAAAUAUCUGGAAACCACCAAUUAAAGGACUAAGACGAGGCGCUGUUCUGCCGCUAAUUUCCCCCACAAAAGAGACAAAAAUGACGGCGGCGGUGUUUUUCGGCUGCACCUUCAUCGCCUUCGGCCCGGCCAUCGCUCUGUUCCUGUUUACAAUCGCCCGGGACCCCCUGAGGGUCAUUUUCCUCAUCGCAGGAGCGUUUUUCUGGCUGGUGUCUCUGCUGCUGGCGUCCCUCGUGUGGUUCAUCUCGGUCCAGAUCAGUAACAAGGACAGCGCGGCGCAGCAGAAAGGGCUCCUCAUCUUCGGCGUGGUGCUGUCCGUCCUCCUGCAGGAAACCUUCCGCUUCGCCUACUACAAGCUGCUGAAGAAAGCUAAUGAAGGCCUCCUCACUCUCAGUCAGGAGGAAACCAUGCCGAUCUCCAUACGGCAGCUGGCCUACGUGUCCGGACUCGGCUUCGGCUUCAUGAGCGGGGCGUUCUCGGUGGUCAACAUCCUGGCGGACUCUGUGGGACCGGGGACGGUCGGGAUCCACGGAGACUCGCAGCACUACUUCCUGUCCUCAGGUACCAAUGCACACAGACAUUUCCAGUUUUUGGACAAAACCGAAUUCAACAGCUGUGUCGGCUUCAUUCUGCCAUCACCCCCUCAUGUUUUAUUGUUGAUGUCGUCUUCUCGUCUUCUCGCGCAGACCUUCCAGAACCCCGAGUAUGUCGGCAGCCUGGUUCCCACCUACGUCAUCCUGUUCCUGAUGGGCGUCUGGGCGUUCUACUCGGCCGGCGGCUCCCUCAGGAACCUCAAACUCUGCAUCACCUGCAAGGACAGGGACUUCCUGCUCGCCAACCACCGGCCCAGAUAACGCAGCACGCCCGGGCGGUGUGCGAGACUCUCUAUCCAAAGAUCACCGAGAUCAGACACACACGCACACACACACACACACACACACACACCAAACACAGCAAAGAAGCAGUGCUAGCCUCCUGUUCAUCUGCUGUUUCACUUAAGAGGCAUUUCAUCAUCUUAAAUCUAGAAAAAAAACCACAACAUAAAAGUAAAAGCAGUGGAAGUUCCUUAAAGGAAAAGGUACAGAAACGAUGAUUUAGAUCACGGGUGUCAAACUCAACUUCACUGAGGGCCACACUGGAAAAUAAGAAUCACAUCAAGGGCCAGACAUGUUUAGUUUGUUGAUAUGCUUUUAUUUAAUCAAAAAAGUGAAAUAUCUUUGACUGUAUUAUUGCAUAUGUCACGUAGCCUUCUCACUUACAGUUUGGUCGACAUAAAGUCCUAAAGAAGUCAGGAAAGUUUCUCAGCCAUCAUAGAAAAAAGCACCCAAGACAUUUGAAAAAGUUACAAAAACGUCAAAAAAUAUGACAACAACAUCAGAAAAAGCGACAAAAACUAGGUGGGCCAAAAUGUGUUGUGAACCUAAAUUGAUAUGGGGCCGGAUCAUAAUCUGCAAGGGGCCGGAUUUGGCCCGCGGACCUUGAGUUUGACACAUGUGAUUUAGAUUGUUUGUAUGACGAGGUGAUAUCGCUACAUCUGAUAUCUGGCUGAUUGUGGUCCCCGGUUGAGUUGGCGUCACUCUUUACAUUCUGUACAUACUCCGAUGUUUUCCUCUUUUCUGACGGCUCUCUUCCUUUCAAAUGACGUGUCAAAUCUUUCAAAGGGUGGGUUUAUUGUUUGUGAACAAAACUCUUUGUGUAAAUAUUUAUGCAUUUUUAAUUCCCUGAUGUGUAGAUGGUGAGAAGUUUUAACCUCUUUUCAUGAUGCGAUAUCUUUAGUCUGUAAGAGCUUGCCUUUGAUUUGAAAUGAAAAGAAAAGUGAAUGAAUGAUCUGCAGAAGCCGAGACGGGACACGCGGACUGGUGGUUAUUAUUAUUUUAAUCCCAGUUGUCUUGAGGUCACGGCUUAAUCACUACUGUUGGACAUUAAAGGUCCCAUGGCAUGAAAAUUUCACUUUAUGAGUUUUUUUUUAUUAACAUUAAUGAGUUUUAAAGGCAAAAUGCACAAACAUUUCAUUUAAUCAAAUUCCGUUUGCGUGGUUGUGGUCAUAAUUUCUUCUCUUGUUUUCUCAAACAUAUCACAAGUUUUGUCCCACAGGAAUUAGACAAUUUUAAUUGGUACCCACAGCAGCCGUCGGCAACCUGAGA